AUGGGUUGUGGGACUCCUGUAGCAGCAAAGACCGGAGCUUUCUUUGGGCAGGGUUCAGGACCUGUGUGGCUGGAUGGUGUGAGUUGUUCUGGGAAUGAGUCAACAGUGAAAAAGUGUCCAUCAAAGCAAAUAGGAACAAGCAACUGUAGCCAUUCAAAAGAUGCUGGAGUCAUCUGUAACCCUCCUGUUAGGUUUGUGAAUGGCGAUAACUCAUGUUCUGGACGAGUGGAGAUUCUUCAUAAUGGGACAUGGGGAACAGUAGCUUCAGAUUAUUGGGACCUUACUGAUGCUACAGUGGUGUGUAAAGAGGCCGGAUGUCCGACCGGUGUUGAAAUAAAAAAAUAUGCCUACUUUGGACCUGGUGUAGGAACAAUAUGGAUGAAUUCAGUUUCUUGUACCGGGACUGAAUUGUCAAUAAAGGACUGCAGAAAUCGUGGAUGGACACAAUACAGCUCUACAUAUCAUUCAUAUGAUUCUGGAGUCAUCUGUCGAGAUGUUAGGCUGAUAAAUGGAUCUAAUCUGUGUUCUGGAAGAGUAGAGGUUGAAUAUAACUAUCAAUGGGGAACCGUCUGUGAUGCUGGCUGGGAUUUAACAGAUGCUGCAGUGGUGUGUAAGAGCAUGGAUUGUAGGACUCCUGUAGCAGCAAAGAUCCGGGCUUACUUUGGCCAGGGUUCAGGAUCCGUGUGGCUGGAUAGUCUGAAAUGUUCUGGGAAUGAGUCAACAGUAAUAAAUUGUUCAUCAAAGCAAAUAGCAACAAGCAACUGUAGCCAUGGACAAGAUGCUGGAGUCAUCUGUAACCCUCCUAUUAGGUUGGUGAAUGGCAGUAACCCAUGUUCUGGACGAGUGGAGGUUUAUCAUAAUGGAACAUGGGGAACAGUGUGUUCAGAUUCCUGGAGUACUAACAAUGCAAUAGUGGUGUGUAGAGAGGCUGGCUGUCCGACCAACGCUGAGGCAAAAAUAAAUGCCUACUUUGGAUCUGGUGUAGGAAGAAUAUGGAUGAAUAACGUUCAAUGUGCAGGGAAUGAAUGGUCUGUAAAGGAUUGCUAUUUUCCUGGAUGGUCACCACAAAACUGUGCUCAUUCAUCUGAUGCUGGAGUCAUCUGUCGAGAUAUUAGACUGGUAAAUGGUCCUAAUCCGUGUUCUGGAAGAGUGGAGGUUGAAUAUAACUAUAAAUGGGGAACCGUCUGUGAUGCUGGCUGGAAUUUAGUAGAUGCUGCAGUGGUGUGUAAUAACAUGGGCUGUGGGACUCCUGUAGCAGCAAACACUGGAGCUUAUUUUGGGCAGGGUUCAGGACCUGUGUGGAUGGAGAAUGUAAAAUGUUCUGGGAAUGAGUCAACAAUAACAAGUUGUCCUUCAAAGGCAUUCGGAACAAGCACCUGUAGCCAUGGACAAGAUGCUGGAGUGAUCUGUAACAAUGUUCGACUUGUAAAUGGAGCUAAUCAGUGUUCUGGAAGAGUGGAGGUCUUAUAUAAUAAUCAGUGGGGAACGGUGUGUGAUGCUGGCUGGGAUUCAGCAGAUGCUGCAGUGGUGUGUAAUAGCCUGGGUUGUAGGACUCCUGUGGCAGCAAAGACCGGGGCUUUCUUUGGGCAGGGUUCAGGACCUGUGUGGCUGGAAGCUGUAGGUUGUUCUGGAAAUGAGCUAACAGUGAAAAAUUGUCCAUCAAAGGCAUUAGGAACAAGCACCUGCAGCCAUGGACGAGAUGCUGGAGUCGUCUGUAACUAUAUACGACUGGUUAAUGGAGUGAAUAUGUGUUCUGGAAGAGUGGAGGUUUUAAAUAACUAUCAAUGGGGAACCGUUUGUGAUGCUGGCUGGAAUUUAACAAAUGCUGCAUUGGUGUGUAAGAGAAUGGGUUGUGGGACUCCAAUUGCAGCACCGACUGGGGCUUUCUUUGGGCAGGGUUCAGGACCUGUGUGGCUGGAUGAUGUUAUAUGUUCUGCUGAUGAUUCAACAGCGAAAAAUUGUCCAUUAAGUGGAAUCGUGAAAAGCAGCUGUGGUCAUGGACAAGAUGCUGGAGUCGUUUGUCAAGAUAUAAAGCUGGUGAAUGGCACAAGUCCAUGUGAUGGCAGAAUUCAGGUUCUUUAUAAUAAUCUCUGGGGUGGAGUGUGUCAUACUGCCUGGGGUCCAGAAGAGACUGCAGUUUUGUGUAGUGAGCUUGGCUGUGGUGAAGCUUCAGUGCCGCAGUCAUAUGUGGGUCCAUUUGUUGAGCCAAUAUGGAUGGAUAAUGUGAUAUGUAUUGGAAAUGAGUUGACACUGCGGGACUGUUCAUUUACUGGAUAUAAUAUUAACAGUUGUAUAAAUGGACUUUAUGCAGGAGCUGUCUGCAUCAAAACUCUGAGAAAAGAUGUGGUGAGGAUUAUGGUUACAGCUAAUGCUGGCCUCAAUGUCAAUAAUCUAAAUAUCAUGGCGAUGCUUAUGGACAAGAUAAGGAAAGUGGUUAAAAGUAAAGGAAAUUAUUUAGCAAACUGGAAAACACAGCAUGAUGGAAUUAUAUUUCACCAUGCAGCAGAUUAACAGAUGUUUAUCCUGGGGAAAAGAACCCAAAAUCAGAACUGUCUCCACUAGAGUUUCAAGACAAUUGAAGAGAAACCACUGAGCAAUAAAAUUUUCUUUUAUCCCCAUCUGGCUAUCCAAAAUGAUAUAUUUACUUGUGAACAGAUGCAAUUAUAGUUAAAUGUUGUAAGCUUAUUUUUGUAACUAUGGUUAUAUGUUACAGAAUAUUUCCUUUUUUUUUUUGAUGCAUACAUUUCUUACUAAAGCAUCUGAAGGAAGC